ACGCGCAGUUUCCAUCAUUUCCAUUGUCGGGAUGGGGGAUUGGGGAAGACGACAUUGACUAGGAAAGUUUUCAAUCAUCUGAAGGAUGAGAAUCAGUUUGGAUUACAUAUUUGGGUGCAUGUUUCCCGAAAUUUUGAUGCAAUAACUCUUUUGAAGACAAUUCUCAAGAACUUAACUCCUUGUCAAGUUGAAAAUGCGAGCAAGGAAGAUAUUCUUGCAAAGCUUAAAGAAGCUUUGGAAGAUAAAACGUAUCUUCUUGUACUUGAUGAUGUAUGGAAUGAAGAUACUUCCAAAUGGGAAGAUUUUAUCAAUUCCUUGUUGGGAGUUAGUUUUGUUAAGGGAAAUGCAAUUGUUGUUACCACCAGAAGUAUGACGGUUACUUCAAUUGUGAAUCCACUUCAUACAUAUGAGUUGAAAGGCUUAUCGGAGGAAGAGUGUUGGUCAAUAAUCAAAGAAAAAACAUUCGGAAAAGAAGAUGUUCCGUCAGAAUUUGAGGCAAUUGGGACAAAGAUAGCAAUAAGGUGUCAAGGUUUGCCAUUAGCGGCCAACGUAGUUGGGGGAGUGCUGCGCAUUAAAUCUGAGGAAAAAUGGCUUUCAGUCGAGGAGAAAUGGCUUUCAGCCGAUGAAGGAGGAGAUAAUAUCAGAAAAAUAUUGAGACUGAGCUUCGAUAAUUUGUCUUUGCUAUUACUUAAGAAGUGCUUCGCUUACUGUGCGAUGUUUCCUAAAGGCUACCAAAUCAUCAAACAAGAACUGAUUGAGAUGUGGAUGGCAGAAGGUUUUCUUCAAGCUGAUGGUAGGGAUGACAUGGAGUCCGUGGGCGAAAAAUUUAUCAACCUUCUUCUGCACAACUCUUUACUGCAAGUUUCAAAGAGAGAUAUUUAUGGAAAUGUAAAGAAGUGUGGCAUGCACGAUCUUGUGCACGAUCUCGCUUGUUCUGUUUCGAGUUCGUCUAACAGUACAGGUGGUAGCAGCCGAGUUCGAUACAUAAUUCUCGGAGACAACUAUUGUGGAGACGAAUCAAAUCGUAUCCCAAAAGAAAUGGCAAAGUCUUUGCGUACAUUACUAAUAGCAUCCAAAGCUGAUAUUUCUGUCAACUUCUCAGACUUGGUAACAUCCAAAGGUGAUAUUUCUGAUAUUAACUUCUCAGACUUGGUGACAUCCAAAGGUGAUAUUUCUGAUAUCAACUUCUCAGACUUGGAAAGUUUGCAUGUUUUACAUCUUCACUCUGAAGUUAAAAAGCUGCCAAGUUCGAUUCGGAAGUUGAUACAUUUGAGAGAUUUUGACAUUUCAAAGACAAGUAUUGAAGUUUUGCCGGAUUGGAUUGGUGAAUUCUUACACUUGCAGACGUUGAGAGUAGAGUUAAGAUGGUUGAGAAAACUGCCAAGUACCAUUAAGUACUUGAUUAACUUGAGGCAUCUUUAUAUUAAUGAGUAUACAGAGUUGCCUAUGGGAAUUGGGAGAUUAACUUCUCUCCAAACGCUAACGCACUUUCCAGUGGGCGACCAGAAUGGCUGCAAGAUUGAAGAGCUUGGAAGUUUGAAUAAUCUUAAAGGAGAGUUACGGAUUCUCAAUCUCAAAACGGUUCAUGACAAGGAAGAGGCUUGGAAAGCGAAUUUAUUCAAAAAGUCAGAACUAUUGAAGUUGCGUUUGGAAUGGGAUAGAUAUGGCAGAAGAGAAGGUGGAACAUAUGAUGAGGAUGUAUUGGAAGGCCUUCAACCUCACUCAGAUCUGAGGGAGUUAGAGAUUUACAAUUACAAAGGCAAAAGAUUUCCAUUAUGGACUGAGAAGAUGUCAGUUCGAGAUGCGCCUCAAGGCUCUUGGGUGCUACUUAACAAGUUGAUGUCGUUAACACUCUGGAACUGCAAUGAAUGUGAAGAGAUCCCAAUGUUGGGACACUUGCCCAAUCUCAAGUCCCUUGAGUUGAGAUGGUUGAUCAAUUUGAAGUGUAUAAAUUCAUCACUCUAUGGAACUGUGAACAAGGACACGCGCAUUGUUUUUCCAGCUCUCGAGAGGUUGGAAUUGUAUUUUAUGCCUAAGCUGGCAGAGUGGGCAGAAAUAGAAAUUUCGGAUGGAAGUGAAGUGAAGCUAUUUCCUCGCCUCCAACAUUUGCAAAUUAUGUGGUGUAAGCAAUUGACGAGUGUUCCAAGUCAUGUCUCGUCAUGCCUUGAAGAAUUGAGGAUUGAGGAGAUCGGUGUAGAAUGUCUGCCAGCUGAUUGGUUAUUGAGUAACAGCGAGACUCUCUCGAAGUUGUAUAUAGAGGACUGCCGGAAUUUGAGAGAAAUAUCAGAUAGGUGGGGAGAAGAAGAAUCAGAAGGAAGAAGCUUCACAAUCACAUCCCUCCCUAAAUUCCCUCGUCUAGCAUUUGUGCAUAUUGAAGGCGUUCCUAAGUUAAGUUUGGAGACUGUGGAUGCCAUAUUGCAAGGAUGCUGCCACUCUCUUCAUAAGUUAUAUUUGAAGGGAAUGGAAAGUUGGGAAUGUAUGCCGGAAUCAGUUCAACAUCUUACAUCUCUUUAUGAGUUAUCCUUAGAGGAUUUUGGAAUGGAAGAGUUACCUGAAUGGUUGGGGAACCUCUCAUCUCUAAAGGAAUUGAAUUUAGAUAACUGCAAAAGGCUAAGGCGUCUACCAUCCAUGGAUGCAAUGCGGCGCCUCACAACAUUAAAAGUACUAUUUAUUGAAGAUUGCCCGGAAUUAGUGAUUGAAAGUGAGGCAACUGAUUCUGAAUGGCCCAAGCUUUCCCAUAUCCCCAGCAUCUACAUUGAUGGCUCCAAAUACGGUGACGUUGAGUAUCAAUAUCUUUUCUAGAAACAGUUGUAUGUGUAUUUUAUUUGAAUUUUUUUCUUCUAAUUAUCUGAAGUAGCCCUGUAAAAUCUACUAUCUUAUUCUAUGGAGUUUCUAAUUCAGUUGCUAUUAAUUUGGGGAUUGAGAUUUAUUUAUAAUUUUAUAUAUUUUUCUCUAAUUUCAACAAUGAAUGCUUUAGUUUAAUUUUGUUAUUAUUAAUUGGGCUUCAUUCCAUCUAAUUAGGGUGUAUAAUUAUUUUUAAUCAUUUAAUUUCUCUUUCAUUAGUUAAUAAUAGGUUGAAAAUUUCAAAAUUAUGGUAUAUAAUUUUAUAUAAAAUUAUUUUUUUUGAAAUAAAUAUUAAGAAUAAUUCAUAGUAUUAUAAUUUUAUUUUUAUAAAAAAUAUUAUUAAACUAAUAGAUAUAAGUAUGAGACAUAUAUAGUAUAUAAAAUUGUGGGACAAUUGAUCUCAUCCCUUAGUUUGUUGCUUAAACAAUAGGGGAUAAAUUAUUCUGAGUUUGUUUACUAUAUUUUUACAGCGACUUAUCAUCUUAGCUUUUUUUUCCAUUAAAUAAUUCUUUUUCGUAUUGAUACAGAAUAAAGUGAAAGAAGCAAACAUUGUGUUUGAGGUGCCUCCAAAGAAUUAGGAGGUGAAGGAAGCGAUCCAG